AUGGUGUCGGAAGCGGAUCACGACGGGUUCAACCCCAAGAGGAGAAAGUUUGACAUCUCUAGGAGGGACAAGUACCAGGAUCGAUCACGGGGCUCGACACCGCGCGGCCAGUCUCGAUAUCCGUCAACGCCUCGAGAACCCGAGCAGCCGCAGCCGACUGAGGAGGAUGCCCUGGCGCUGGAUCGCGACUGGUACGGCGGUGAUGAGUUUGGCGGACAUACGUUCGGCGACGAAACGUACAACCCCUUUGCGUCCUACGAGCAGUCGGCAUGGGAGACUCAGCAGCAGGAGUCGGCCAAGGUCGAGAAGAUGACCAGCCGAUAUGACGCCAGGCAAGAGCAGAGAAGGCGAGAAAAUGACGCCUGGGAGACGAACCGUAUGCUUGUAUCUGGUGUGGCGCAGAGAAGGGACCUGGCUGCCGACUUCGACGAUGAGGAAGCGACCAGAGUCCAUCUGCUCGUUCACGAUCUACGACCGCCAUUCCUCGACGGAAAGACAAUCUUCACAAAGCAGCUCGAACCUGUUCCGGCCGUCCGCGACUACCAAAGCGACAUGGCCGUAUUCAGUCGCAAGGGAAGCAGAGUGGUCAAGGAAGCCCGCCAGCAAAGGGAGAGGCAGAAGCAGGCGCAUGAGGCCACAAGCAUCACGGGCACAGCCCUCGGAAACAUCAUGGGAGCGAAAGAGGAGGACGGCGACAGUGCGCUGCCGAUGCCUGCCGAGGAAGAAGCCGAGAAGGGCGAGCGCAAGGGCAACAAGUUCAGCGAGCACAUGAAGAAGGGAGAAGGGGCCAGCGAUUUCAGCAAAAGCAAGACGCUGCGCGAACAGCGAGAAUACCUGCCCGCGUUUGCGGUUCGCGAGGAUCUUCUCCGAGUGAUACGGGAAAACCAGGUGAUCAUAGUCAUCGGCGAGACGGGCUCAGGAAAAACCACGCAGCUCACCCAGUUCUUGUACGAGGAUGGCUACGGCAAGACGGGCAUGAUUGGAUGUACGCAGCCGCGACGAGUCGCUGCCAUGAGUGUCGCCAAGCGUGUGGCCGAAGAGAUGGAGGUGAAGCUGGGAAGCACAGUCGGAUACGCUAUUCGAUUCGAGGACUGCACCAGCCCCGACACCGUCAUCAAGUACCUGACGGAUGGAAUUCUGCUUCGAGAGUCGCUCAACGAACCCGAUCUGGAUAGAUAUUCCUGCAUCAUCAUGGACGAAGCCCACGAACGAGCGUUGAACACCGACAUCUUGAUGGGGCUGUUCAAGAAGAUUCUGCAAAGGCGGCGAGAUCUUAAGCUCAUUGUCACAUCUGCGACGAUGAAUGCAAAGAAAUUCUCAGACUUCUUCGGUGGUGCUCCGGAAUUCACGAUACCUGGACGGACCUUUCCUGUCGACGUCUUGUUCCACCGAUCCCCUGUCGAAGACUAUGUCGACCAGGCUGUCCAGCAAGUGCUGUCCAUCCACGUGUCCAUGGACGCGGGUGACAUUCUGGUCUUCAUGACAGGCCAGGAAGACAUCGAAGUCACAUGCGAGUUGGUUCAGAAACGCUUGGACGCUCUGAAUGACCCGCCGAAGCUGAGCAUAUUACCCAUCUACAGUCAGAUGCCGGCAGACCUGCAAGCCAAGAUCUUCGAUAGGGCACCUCCGGGAGUUCGCAAAUGCAUCGUCGCGACAAAUAUUGCCGAGACUAGUUUGACUGUCGAUGGCAUCAAGUAUGUGGUAGACGCAGGCUACUGCAAAAUGAAGGUGUAUAACCCCAAGAUGGGCAUGGACACGCUUCAGAUCACACCAAUCUCCCAGGCAAAUGCAGGGCAGCGCUCAGGCCGUGCUGGCCGAACAGGGCCGGGAAAAGCGUUUCGUCUAUACACAGAGAAGGCCUUCAAGGAGGAAAUGUACAUUCAGACCAUUCCCGAGAUUCAGCGGACCAACUUGUCAAAUACAGUGUUGAUGCUGAAGUCUCUGGGGGUCAAGGAUCUGCUGGACUUCGACUUUAUGGACCCGCCUCCCCAGGAUACCAUCUCGACGUCCAUGUUCGAUCUGUGGGCUUUGGGAGCUCUAGAUAACUUGGGGGAACUGACGGAGCUGGGGCGGAAGAUGAGCGCGUUCCCAAUGGACCCUUCCCUGGCUAAGCUUCUCAUCACGGCGGAAGAGUACGGCUGCAGCGAAGAAAUGAUCACCAUUGUGUCCAUGUUGUCAGUUCCGAACGUGUUCUACCGGCCAAAGGAACGACAAGACGAGGCUGAUGCGCAGCGAGAGAAGUUUUGGGUGCAUGAGUCGGACCAUCUCACCUAUCUUCAAGUCUAUUCGGCAUGGAAAGCCAACGGAUACUCGGAUGGAUGGUGCAUCAAGCAUUUCCUCCACGCCAAGUCUCUUCGACGAGCCAAGGAGAUUCGAGAGCAGCUCCUGGAUAUCGUCAAGAUGCAGAAGAUGCAGUUGAUCAGCUGCGGCAUGGACUGGGACGUCAUUCGCAAGUGCAUCUGCUCCGGAUACUACCACCAAGCCGCCAAAUACAAGGGGUCUGGUGAAUACACCAACCUGCGAACCAACCUCGGAGUCCAGCUGCACCCCACAAGCGCCUUGUACGCAGGCCAUCCGCCGGACUACAUUGUCUAUCACGAGCUCAUUUUGACAUCCAAAGUCUAUGUCUCGACGGUUACAGCAGUUGACCCUCAUUGGCUGGCGGACCUUGGAGGCGUCUUCUACUCCAUCAAGGAAAAGGGCUAUUCGAUCAGAGACAAGCGCAUCACCGAGACGGAGUUUAACCGCAAGAUGGAGAUUGAGGCCAAAAUGGCAGAGGAUAAGCGUCUCGACGAAGAGCGCAAAAAGGCCGAGGCCGAGCGCACAGUCAACAAAAAAUCUGACAAGGACGAGAAGAAGUUUACCAUACAAGGCGCGGUCAAGAAGCCGGUAAUGAAGAGACGGGGGAGGGGUUUCUAG